ACGUGCAUCCGCAGCCACACACCGACACUUGCGCGGCUGUAAGAUUGUUUGCCGAAUGUUGAUCCGUAUCUAUCUCUCGUGUUUAGAGAGGAAACAUCUGCAAGUUUCCACCAGGACAGUGGUUUGAUUUUGCAUUCGUUUUUUUCUCUGCCCGCGAUUAAAAAUCAUCAAGUUCUCUCUCGGUUUGUUUUUCCUAAUCAUUUUCCCGCCUCCUCUAGAGCUGGGAGGAUGUGACUGUGGCGUUCGAUUUUUUUUUCUGUGGCGUGUAGCGGCAGUUCUUGUGUUGAUACUCCGUAGGAAUUAGCUGAAGACGGACUGAUAACUGGGACCUUCGGAAGGUGUGUUUUGUGUUCUGUUUCUGCUUUGCCGGGACUGUUACCUACAAGCGAAGGUGGCGACUCUAGCGGAAUUGUCGUGCGAGUCCUUCUGGGAGGUGUCUAAUGGGACGAUGAAGGAACUGAAGAUGUUCCCCCAGAUCACGGAGGAGACAGAAGAGAACCUCCUCAAUCUGGAAGAGGAGCCGAAGGAUUCCUACUCAUCAACUCCACCGCUCAACCCCUCCUCUUCCUCUUCGGAUUCCCCGGCUGACGCCCCCAGCUCGCCCAAUCACGAAAACCAAGUGCCAUGUCAGUUGCCUACCAUCACCACAGAAGAUGUAGACCCUGCCAAUACCUCAUGCAACAACCACACUUCCGUAUCGGAGGAGGAGUGUGCCACCCCACCUCCAAGGGUUCGCAUGCGGUCGCUAUCAGGUGGCGCCUACCGCCUGGCCCCCGUUCCUACCACGGGCCGCAUGCGAAGGCAAUCUGGUGACGAUGUUCUGACGAGGGUCAGCCCUUCUCGCCGUGCCGCCCUUUUCGAACACUUUCGGCCGAGGUCGAAAUCAGACAGCAAGGGAAAGCGGCCUACGUUCCUUACCAGCCUCAAGAAUUCCAUCUUUCCUAGCGGCGGUGUACAGAGGAAGCCUUCUUUAGAACUAGAACCACCUCCUCUUGAGCCCCUCCAACCUGGUGGUGAUUACAGACAGAGGGCGAGAUCGGGCUCGGAUUCGAAAGGGGGUACUAUGUCCAAAAUGAUAGACCUAUUUCGAAGCAGGUCAAAUUCCUUAUCAAUCGAUUCCAAGACGAAAAAACAGUUUGCUUCCAUUGUGCCUCCAAAUGCGCUGCUCCGGCGACAUUCCGUCGACCCAGACAAAAGAAGAAAGCCCUUCAACAGUUACAGGUCGCUAGAAACCCACCAGGGCGAAAGUUUUUCCUGUCAUGCAGAGGACGAAGCGAGUGAAAGUCGAAUAGAUUAUGGAGCUUUGGAGGAUGACAAAAUUAUUCCGACAUUUCUCAGUGCUCAUUCGUGUUAUGAUGCCAUGCCAAAGAGUGGGAAAGUUAUUCUGCUUUCCACAGACCUACUGGUUAAAAAUGCCUUCAGUUGUCUUGUGACGAAUGAAAUUAGAGCUGCUCCAUUAUGGGAUAGUACUUCACAGUCCUUUGUUGGGAUGCUUACAAUCACAGAUUUUAUCAAUGUGCUUAGGCAUUAUUAUUACUCUUCUCCAGGAGACAUUCAACAAAUAGAAAACCAAAAAAUACUCACUUGGAGAAACAUAACAAAAGUGACCAAACCCUUUGUCAAGAUUGGACCCACUGAAAGCCUUUCCCAAGCAACCAAAUUACUGAUUCAAGAAGAGGUUCACAGGCUACCAGUAUAUGAAGAAAAGAGGCAUAGCGUUCUUUUUGUUAUUACAAAGAAAAGGUUGUUACAGUAUUUGUAUAAUAAUUUAAUCGAAAAAUUUGAUAAAAGCAAUGUGAAAACACCUGGCUUUCUCAAAAAGACAAUAGGUGAACUCAAACUUGGAUCAUGGGAAAACAUAGUUAAGGUUACUUUCAAAACUAGAGUUAUAGAAGCCUUAGACCUUUUUAUUGAAAAAAAUGUAUCUGCUCUUCCAGUAGUUGAUGAUGAUGAUAAAUUAAUUGACUUAUUUGCCAAGUUUGAUGUGUUUGCGCUAGCCAAAGAAAAGACAUACCACAAUCUUGAACUAACGAUUUCAGAAACUAUAGAUAAAGCAGAAGUACACGAAGGAGUAUAUGUAUGUACAGUUGAUGAAACUUUAGAAACUGUGAUAGACAAAUUUGUUACUGUAAAAGUUCAUCGGUUAGUGAUAACUGAUGGCAAACGAACGGUGCUGGGUAUUAUAUCCUUAUCAGAUGUGCUAAAAUUCUUGGUUUUGCAAUCUGCUGGUGAAUGUAAUUUACUUGCUGCAGAUAUCAUCGAAGAAGGACCAGAAGGAGCCAUUGGAGGGAUCGAAUCAGACAGUGUGUUCUAUGGCUCGCUGGCCGAUGCUUCUUCUGCUUUAAAGCAAUCAACCAGCUUCGAGGAAGAAGAGCCUUGUGAUCUGUCGGAAGACCUUGUGAAGUUGCAAGUGGAGUCACAAAGUGCAUGUGAAGCUGCUCUGGAGAGUGUGGAAGACGAAAACGAGCAGAGUGAUGCUUGAUCUUGCAAUAGGAGAUCUUGUAUCCUGGUCUCGCUUCGCUCAGUCCGACUCACUUCACUCUGAGUGAAUCAGCAUCUUAGUUCACUUGGUAACAAACAUGGUUUCAUCCAAUCUCUUAGAAAGUCUGUGAAUAGAUUUCAGCUGGUGAACUAGGUCUUUGUUCACUUGUCAACAAAAUAUCCGUUCACUUGGAAAGUCUGUGAAUAGAUUUCAGCUUCUGAACUAGGUCUUUAUUCACUUGGUUACAAAAUAUCAAUUCACUAGGAAAGUCUAAAUAGAUUUCAGCUGGUAAACUAGGUUUUUGUUCACUUGGCAACAAAAUAUCCAUUCACUAGGAAAGUGUGAAUAGAUUUCAGCUGGUGAACUAGGUCUUUGUUCACUUGGAAACAAAAUGUCCAUUCACUUGGAAAGUCUGAAUUGAUUUCAGCUGGUGAACUAGGUCUUUGUUCACUUGGCAACAAAAUAUCUGUUCACUUAGAAAGUCUGUUAAAAGAUUUCAGGUAGUGAGCUAGUUUGUCAGCUGAAAUCUCUUCACAGACCUUCCAAGUGGACGAUGUUUAGCAUAUUUGUUACCAAGUAAACUAAGUUUUAGCGUACCAGUUAGCCAGCUGAACUCGUCAAAGACCUUCCACGUGAACCAAAAUUAGUUUCUCUUACCAAAUGAACUAAGGCGCUGAUUCAUACAGAGUGAAGUGAAUCAGACUGAGUGAAGUGAGAUUAGGGCUCAUUGCUGCAAAAUUGCUUUACAAUGUACCUGAAACAUUUAUAAUUUUCUAGUCGACUGUACAAAGGAAAAUGUUUUGAUAUUUUACUUAAAAUUUGUCCUUGUUUCAAUGACAUAUUUUGUUUUAAAAAAGGAGAUUAUUUUAGGCAAAUAUAUAAAAAAAAUAUUCAAAUAUGAACUUUGUACUUAAUGUCUUAAUGAAUGUGUAAAGCCAUGUCAAGCUUUUUUGAAUGAAAAUAUUUAAAAUAUGAAUUUUUUAAAACAAUUUUAAUUAUUCUAAUUAUGAUAAAUUUUAUUUAAAGGAUGAGUUGUUGAAAAAAAUAAUUUUUUUAUGGUACCCAGUCAAAAAGCUUUCUUAAUAUAUGUAGAUAGAAAUGAAAUCUCUUUUUAUCUUAAUUUCUUAAUCAUGAACAUUAUUAGUGGUGUUUUAUAUUUCUUACCAAAGUGCUCAUUUAUGUAAUCUAUGUUUUCAAACGUAAUUAAUUGUUUAGUAUUUUUAUAGAUAAUAGUAUAUAUUUUUUUAUAAUACCCUCGAGUUACAUUUGACAGUGCAGAAUAUAAAAAUUAAAAACUUAAAACAAGUAUUUCAUAUGUUACAUAUGUCACAGCAAUAACAAUAUGAUUUCUUAAAAUCCAGAAAAAAAUGUUUUUCUGUGUCAACAAUGAGAACUUAUUCCAAUUAAUUUGUAUCUCAAAUAAUUACCCAAUAAAUGAUUCAGCUGUUAACGUUUAUGUUUUGGUCUUGAAAUGUUAAAAAGCAUGCAGACACUUCCCAAGUUAAAUAAAUGAGGGAUAGUAUAAUUAUUGAUCAGGGAUGAAACUUUCCGUGGCUUGUUUUUUUAACUAACAAAUUCAGGCAGCAAAAAAAUUUGAUUUUUGCUGCAGCAUAAAAUGUAUUAUUAAUGGGCAUUCUCCUUCUUCAUGUUUCUUUUUCAGAGAAAAUUCUGAGAUUUUUUUUUUCUGUAGAACUUUAAGAAUAAAUAAAAGCUCUAAUUUUGCAAGGUGGGGAGCAGUAGCGUUCUUAUAGAUCCCUUUUGACCCUGCACGUUUUCUGUCAAUGUCACAUUUUUCACGUUUAUUUAUUCAGGCAGUUUCAUCCCUGUUUGAUAACUGAUGGUACAAAUAUCUCUCAAUAUUCUACUGAUCUAUUCAUAAAAAUUAUAAUAUUUAUUCAUUCAUUCAUAUGUAUACGUAUCAGGAAAUGGAAUUUCUUUUUUAAAAAAUAUAUUGCUUUAAAAUAAAUCUAUGACUUUACAUAUUCCAGUGUAUUUCAGUCAUAUUCACAUGAAUUCAAAAGAAGAAUAAUUUUUUGUGUAAUUAGUAAUUCAAUGUAAAUGAGAACUUGUCAGCAGUAGUUUGUGUACUUUAAAUACAUUUUGAUACUUUUAGGCAGCAUAAUUUUUUCACAAAAUCUUAUUCUUACCUUGAAAACAGUUUUUAAAUUGUACUUGAAUGCUUAAAAGUUUCUGUCCAUAAAUAAAUGUUGAAGUUGAAUGAUGUGAGAUUAUAUUUUAACACAAAUGGUAGUACAAGCAUUAUUCAUCUGAAUAAUAUGUAAUUACAAAUAGUUAAUAGUAAAUCUUAGCGCUAACAUAUCUUGUAUGUUUUAAUAAUAAUUAGAAUAGAAAUAUGUAUGGCGUAGAUUAUCAUAUUUCUCCUAAUUCUAAAUUUAGCGUUUCUUGAAUUUUAAAGAAAGUUUUCAUACUAAAGUUACUGGAAAUAUUGGAAACAUCCUAUUGACAACCAUCUUUCCUUUGUCACAUAAACCGCUGCCCCAGUAAUGCUAAAUACCGAUCUUUUUUGUUUUUUAUAUGGAGAAAAAAAAAGUCAACAUUGACUUGUGUAUACUGCCAUCUAUCGAAGAUAUUAGGAAUUAUCAGAGAACAGCUGAUUGUGAAACUGCAUCGCUCUCUCAAUCUAAUUGUUACAAAAUAUCAAUUGUUCACGAUCGAGGCACCUGGAGCGAGUCCUGUUCUGUCUGACCAUCGAUUAUAUGGGAAGGCUAAUAUCCGGUUUAUAGGUGGAAAUGGACGUAUCUAUUUGUUUACAGGGGUUUUGGCUUGUUACAGAUGUGCACUUUUGCCUCUAUUAUUCAGCCCCAGUUUUGAAAAAAAUGAAAAUUUGCUCAUGGCAAUAUAUUUUUUAAUCUAAAGUAUGUUCAAUCUAUAUUUUCACAACAGAAAUUGAUUUAUUUAUGAAUGAAUAAGGCACUAGUGACAUUAUAAAACGCAUGUAUCAAUAUCCCGCAUGUAUCAAUAUUCCGUUCCCUUCUCCCCUGCUAGAUUCAUUCAGAUGGAAUCAUCUUUACUUGGCGGAUUGCCAAAUUACAUAUAAUCCAUGGUCAAACAGUAUCUUCUGGCAUCAGUUGAUUAGUGCGUUGGCAGGGGCGUAGCUAAGGGGGGGGUUUUGGGGACAAACCCCCCCCCCC